AUUGUCGUCCACAACGUACGGUGGUGGAUGGGAUCAGCACAACGUACAGGAGAGCCGUGUGUGUUUGACGUCGGUGUUUUUCCUCCAUUUCUCCCGUAAGUCGAGCUAGCGAGGUGUUCCCUGUUUGUGUUUUUGGUUAAGUUUUUAUAUAUAACGGCCUCGUCUAGCUCGUCAGUGCGUGGUGCGCGGCUGAGCGUGCGUCUAGGGUGUGGCCAGGCCAGCCACACGUACGUGCGCGUGCGGUUGUCAGUUAGUUGGUCAAGCGUGGCCCCGCGUUCGCAGGCGCGCGCGACGACGGACGACGGUGGGGGUGCGGCGGCUCCGGCUCCUCCAUGGCGCGCCUCCUCCUGCUGGUGCUGCUGCUCGUGCUCAUCGGCGGCAUCUGCGGCGCCGCGGCGAGCUCCUCGUCGGCGUUCCUUCCCGCGGCGGAGACGAUGCGCGUCAGCUACGCGGGGAAGUCGGAGUUCAGGACGGUGAACAGGAAGCCGCUGGGGUCGUGCCUGGACCCGAGCCCGUACCUGGCGAUCAGUGUCAGCACCGGCGGCGCGCCGCUCCCCGACGAGGCGUUCCUCAACGUCACCGUCUCCGGCAUCCUCAGGCCCGAUCGCUCCCACUGGCUCGCCAUGAUCACGCCCUCCAACUCCAGUGUAUUGGGGUGUCCUCUGAACGGUGUCAAUUACAUCGAGACCGGUGACCUUGCGAGCCUCCCUCUUCUGUGCCACUACCCUGUCAAGGCCCAGUACCUGACGAGCGACCCGGGGUACCUGCGGUGCAUGAGCUCCGCGUGCCCGAAGCGCCGCGCGUCCGGCAGCUGCAAGGUCCGGACCUGCGCCGCCACGCUGGCGUUCCACGUCGUCAACUUCCGCACCGACGUGGAGUUCGUCCUCUUCUCCGGCGGCUUCGCCACGCCGUGCGUCCUCAAGCGCUCCGGCGCGAUCCCGUUCGCCAACCCCGCCAAGCCGCUCCACGGCCACCUCUCCAGCGUCGACUCCAAGGCCACCUCGAUGAAGCUUACGUGGGUGAGUGGAGACGGGAAGCCGCAGCAGGUUCAGUACGGGAGUGGCAAGGCUGCUGCUUCUGUCGCCACGACAUUUACUCAUAAGGACAUGUGCAGCAUUGCCGUGCUGCCGAGCCCUGCAAAGGAUUUCGGGUGGCAUGAUCCAGGUUACAUCCAUUCGGCAGUCAUGACCGGUCUCCAGCCUUCUCAGUUCUACACUUACCGUUACGGAAGUGAUUCUGUUGGUUGGAGUGACACAAUCAAAUUCAGAACCCCACCAGCUGCAGGUUCAGGGGAGCUUUCCUUCGUGAUCUUUGGCGAUAUGGGGAAGGCUCCACUGGACCCAUCCGUGGAACACUAUAUUCAGCCUGGAUCGACCUCGGUGGCCAAAGCAGUGGCUGCAGAGAUGCAAACCGGAAAGGUCGACUCGAUCUUCCACAUAGGAGACAUCAGCUACGCCACGGGCUUCCUGGUCGAGUGGGACUUCUUCCUCCACCUCAUCACGCCGCUCGCUUCGCAGGUGUCCUACAUGACCGCUAUUGGCAACCACGAGAGAGACUAUGCAGGGUCUGGAUCUGUGUAUCCAACCCCGGACUCAGGCGGUGAAUGCGGAGUCGCCUAUGAGUCCUACUUCCCCAUGCCUGCUGCCGGCAAGGACAAGCCAUGGUAUUCCAUCGAGCAAGGGAGCGUUCACUUCAUUGUGAUGUCCACCGAGCACGAGUGGUCAGAGAAGUCGGAGCAAUACAAUUGGAUGGAAGAGGAUUUGUCAUCGGUUGAUAGAUCGAGAACACCAUGGGUGAUCUUCAUCGGGCAUAGACCGAUGUACUCAUCCAGCAGCGGUAUACUGCCCAGCGUCGACCCAAACUUCGUUGCGUCUGUUGAGCCACUCUUACUUAACUACAAGGUCGAUUUGGUUUUCUUCGGCCAUGUCCACAACUACGAGAGAACAUGUGCAAUAUACCAGGGGAACUGCAAAGGCAUGCCAAAGAAAGACGCAAAAGGAGUUGAUACCUACGACAACAGCAACUACACCGGACCGGUUCAUGCCAUUGUUGGAGCAGGGGGGUUCAGCUUGGAUGGCUUCCCUAAGAUUGGUCGGGCUAGCUGGAGCUUAUCAAGGAUUUCAGAGUUUGGAUAUGCCAGGGUACAUGCCACAAAAACUGAUAUAUUGGUUCAGUUUGUAAACUCAAACACGACGGCGGUCCGGGACCAAUUUAGGAUUGUGAAGGGAGCCAGAUGAUCCAAUCUUACCUGCAGCUUAAAGUGACUCGAGGGGAUUAUUGUAGUCAGUUUUUUUUCAUUUGUUAGUAACAGGUAUACUGUAAAUAUAAGCUAAAUUACGCAUAAACUAGCACGGAGGCCUGCGCAAUAUAUGGGCGGCUAGCCGUUAUAAAUUGACUCUA